AUGGCCUCGGCCGACGUCGACAUCGAGAAGCUGCUUAGCCGCGAGACAAAUGCGCUCCAGAGGGAAAUAGAGGUCGAGCGCAUCCUCAAGGCGUUCAAGCUCAAUCCAUACGAUGUGCUCGACAUAGACGAGUCUUCCACGCCAGAAGAGCUGAAGAAACGAUACAAGCAGCUUUCUCUCUUCAUCCAUCCCGACAAAUGCCACCAUGCACGGGCCCCCGAGGCGUUUGACACGCUCAAGAAGGCCGAAUCCGAGCUCUCCGACGAGACAAAGCGGCAGAACUUGGAUGCUAUCGUCACAGAAGCGCGAGCGGCGGUGCUCAAGGCUCAUGGCCUCCCCGCCACAACCAACAUUGCCACCAGCCUCGAUGUACGGCAAAUGGACCCCCCGUUUAAGGUCCAGAUGCGCGCAAAGUCUAAAGAGCUACUUAUAGAAGAGGAAUUGCGGAGACGCAAGGCGAUAAAGAUGAAUUUGGCGAACGAGGGACAUGAGGCGAGGCAGAAGGAGGCGGAGGUAGAGAGCAAGAAGCGCAAGGCAGAAGACGACAAGGCUUGGGAGGAGCGCCGCGAAGAACGGGUCGACAGCUGGCGAAGCUUUAGCAGCGGCAAGGGCUCCAAGAAGAAGAAAGCCAAGGUCACUCUCCUCGGCUAA